UUCCGGAAGCACAGGGCUUUCCCUCUUCCCUCCCUCCCUCCCUGCCUUGUUAUCAUUGCCUCGCUUCUUCCCUGCAGGUGUGUCGGCGGGCACCAUGGCCCAGCGGGCCUUCCCGAACCCCUUUGCCGACUAUGACAAGUCCCUGGCCGCAGGAUACUUUGACUCCUCCGGGAGGCUGACUCCUGAGUUCACACAACACCUAAACAAUAAGAUCAGAGAGCUUCUGCAACAGAUGGAAAGGGGGCUCAAAUCUGCAGACCCCAGAGAUUGCACUGGCUAUACAGGCUGGGCAGGCAUUGCUUUGCUAUACUUGCAUCUGUAUGAUGUGUACGGAGACUCGUCCUUCCUUCAGAUGGCUCAGGAGUAUGUCAAGAAGAGCCUUGGCUGCCUAACAAAGCGAUCCAUCACCUUUUUAUGUGGGGAUGCUGGACCUUUGGCGGUGGCUGCUGUGGUAUACCACAAGCUGCAGAAUGACAAACAGGCAGAAGACUGCAUUGCUCGCUUGUUACAGCUGCCUAAACUUGAUGCACGAGUUCCUGAUGAGAUGCUGUAUGGCCGUAUGGGGUAUUUGUAUGCUUUGCUCUUUGUGAAUAAGCAUUUUGGAGAGGAAAAGAUUCCACAGGUCCAUAUCCAACAGGUUUGUGAGGCAGUUUUGGCAUCUGGUGAAAACUUAGCUAAAAAGCGAAACUUCACAGCCAAGAGCCCACUGAUGUAUGAAUGGUACCAGGAGUACUACGUAGGAGCAGCCCAUGGCCUUGCUGGGAUUUAUUACUAUCUCAUGCAGCCCGGCCUUGGAGUGAGUCAAGCAAAGCUACACAACGAGGUCAAGCCAAGUGUGGAUUUUGUCUGCCAGCUCAAGUUCCCCUCAGGCAAUUACCCCCCGUGCAUUGAAGACAACAGAGACCUGCUUGUUCAUUGGUGCCACGGGGCUCCUGGUGUUAUCUACAUGCUCCUCCAGGCCUAUAAGGUAUUUGGAGAACAGAAGUACCUAAGCGAUGCCUUGCAAUGUGCGGAAGUGAUCUGGCAGUGGGGGCUGCUGAAGAAAGGUUACGGUCUGUGUCAUGGUACAGCUGGCAACGCAUAUGCCUUCUUGACACUUUACAACCUCACUCAGGACAUGAAAUAUCUCUACAGAGCUUGCAAGUUUGCAGAAUGGUGUUUGAGUUAUGGACAGCAUGGGUGUCGAACACCAGACACGCCGUUUUCUCUCUUCGAAGGAAUGGCUGGGACAAUAUAUUUCCUUGCUGACCUACUGGUACCUAACAAGGCCAAGUUCCCAGCUUUUGAACUGUGAAUGCCACACUCAAUAGUUUUGGGCAUGAAACCGGUUGCAUUUUAUUUUUCAAGAGUCAAAUUAAAUGGGCCAUCAUCUCAUGUAUUUAUUGGCAAAGCCAAAUCUUUCAGAAUCUCGUUUUACAUUCUUUUCUGGUUUUGACAUGCCAUUAAAAGCUAAUCACCUUCGUUUUAGUUUUCUGAGUUGAUUCCUUUUAUUGGAGAGUGGCCCUCCAGAAGUGUCAGUGGGAUUUGCAGCACCAUUUGGAGGGGCUCAUAAUUUCUAGCCAUAGUGUACAGAAGAUGAAACUGACUCUUUGCACAGAUAAAUGUACCAUAUUUUGUUAAGGCACUUUUUAAAAAUAUCAAGUGUAUUGCUAUUUUAUGUAUCUGAAUUUGAAAGAGGUUUUUUUCUUCUUGUUAAAUACAGAUUUGUCAAUUUGGGCUAGUGCUGCCAUUUUAAUAGCGCUGUCAUUUGGUUAAUAUGAGGGUAUUUUUGGAAGGUGCAAAGGGGAGAUACUGUAUGUAUAUGGAGUCCCAACUGUUAUGACUUUCUUUUGUAGUAACUAGGACAGAUUCUUCUUUAAGAAACAUAUAGAUCUUAUUCUUUUGGAUGGCUCUUCAUGAGGUUGCAAUGACUACUUUGAUAGGAAUGUACCAAAGUCCAAUGUAAGCUCUCACUUUCUUGCUUUCUAUGCAAAAGUUCCCACUUGUCUGGUGCUUGCUUCAGCAGCAGGACUCAGCAAGCUUCUCACACUUGAACUACCGUGUCUCUUCCACAAAUGCUUUAAGCUCUGGGGCUGUCCAUAUGCAACAAGCAUCUGGGACAUCCUGGUCUAUCGUCCCACGCUUUCCCUUUCAUCUGCGAAGUGAAUGCAUCCUCUCUAGCACAGCAGUGUACUGUGAGAUGCUUUGAUAAAUGACUAUCCAUCAUUCCCUGUUUGUCAGCAGCCUAAGGUUAAUCCAGGCUGCAGAUGUUCAAGGGGAUGACUGCAAAUUCCAACGUCUCCUUCUCAUGUCCAUUUAUAUAAGCACCAAAUAUCAUCCAGGGUAAACGACACGUAUGAAAGUUUAAAUGACUGCUUUACUCUUUCCAGUUCAUUUCCAGAAGGCACAACUAGUUCAAAACUUUCCCAAAUUCUGUUGCAACAUAUACAACUUUAGAUCUUCCAGUGUUUCUUAUAAUGGGCAGCUAAAAAGGACACUACUGCAAGAAUGUAGGCCAUCUCUUUUAGACAGCAGCAUUAAACGUUUGAGUAUAUGCUGUAUAAGGCAGGCACUAUGAGAAGACAUGCAUUGUCAUUGACAAAAUAUUUCAGCGUUGAUUGUUCAGAAGAUUAAUGUGAAGCUGUUGAAACACAAGGUGGCUAAUCUAGCUGUUGCUGAGUGUCAUGGCUUUAGCAAUUAAACCUGCUUUGGAAAACA